AUGUCAAAGGUUUCUUAUCUUGUUUUAGUCCGCUCUGGGAAUACCGUUUACUAUGAAGAACAAAAAUACGCAGGCUGGGCUGACGUCGCCUUGUCAGAAAACGGAGUAAACGCUGCUCGAGAAGCUGCUAAUUUAAUACGUGCAAGUGGGAUAAGACUCGAUACAGGCUUUACCUCGAUGCUUAAGCGAGGAGUUCACACGAUGAAUAUUAUUAUUGACGAGCUUGAUAUAAAUAGUUUAAAAGUCCAUAAACACUGGCGCUUGAAUACUCGUCAUUAUGGAAAACUGGAAGGACUUAAUAAAGAAUCAGGCAGCGAAAUCGCGUUAAACGAUGAUGUAAGACCUCCUCUAUUGGACUUAAUGGACGACAAGCAUCCUUCUCAUGAGACAAAGUAUCAGUUUGUCCCGUUAGAAGCCUUGCCUGGUGGGGAGAGCAUGAAUGACUGCAAAGCCAGGAUUAUUCCUUAUUGGCAGGAUAAGAUUGCUCCAGCUUUACUGAAAGGAAAAAAUGUCCUUGUGGUUAGCCACGGUCAUUCAAUCAAAGCAUUGAGAAAUCAUUUAGGGGAUGUUGAAGGAAUUGAGGCUUUAGAAAGCACGAUUUCUGCAGGGAUCCCAAGAGUUCUGGAGUUUAAUCAACGAUUAGAAAUAACUGCGCAGUAUAACUUAUCAAAUUAA